CAACCCAUCGACGUUCCGGGCCGAGCCCCCCCAGGACAGGAACGUCCUCUGUGUUAACAGAACUCUGCAUAAAAUACUCAUCUUAAACUUCCCCCCCCUCACUUCAAAGUUUUGCGCUAUAUUAUUCGGCAUUUCCACCCGGGUGGUGGGGGAAAUCUCCAUCUAUGUAUGCCUGUCAGGUCGCCCCCCUCCGCCGCAGAGUCCUAGCCUUUUGUCUGUCAUGGCACAUUGUUUGAUAAGGUCCCUCCUUCAGCUCGGUUAAGUGCAGGAUGAUACGUUUUUUCACUCCCGAAUCCCCCCACCGCCAACAGGUUGCGGCCCGACGGCCCCGCUCUGGCCGGGAGGAGUCGGCGGACCCCCUCCCCCCGUCCUUAGCGAUCCGGUUUGUUGUGACAACGGCGGCGGCUCCCGGGCAGGACCAGCUAUGGAUGACUUUCAGCAGGCGGAGGAGGCUGCCUUUGUUGUUGAUGAUGUGAGCACUAUCAUCAAAGAGGCAGUGGAAAACACCGUUGGAGGGAAUGCCUACCAACACAACAAAGUGAACCAGUGGACAGCCUCCGUGGUAGAGCAGUGUCUGAUCCAGCUCACCAAAUUGGCCAAGCCUUUUAAAUACAUCGUGACCUGUGUUAUUAUGCAGAAGAAUGGAGCCGGGCUGCACACUGCCAGCUCCUGCUUCUGGGACAAUUCCAUUGACGGAAGUUGCACCGUCCGGUGGGAGAACAAGACCAUGUACUGCAUCGUUAGCAUCUUUGGCCUUGGUAUCUAGAACUGGCUUCAGCAACACUCCAUGUCACGUGUGGACCACUUCCAAAACUAUUUUCAGAAUUUUCUUCCCAGUGUCCUAUUAAAUGAUCUCAGUCAAACACUUUGUUGAAGUGGAAAACACAAUUAUCAUAUAAAGUGGAUGUAACUUAA